CAAAGACAUGAAGAAGUAUUUUCAUGCUGCAGUCUGCUGGGUUAUUAAUUUAAAAAGUCGCAUCCUCAUGCAUUUUUUGGUCUUUUUUCUUUUUUUAGGGACUAGCCCUGCUUGCGCUGCCCCAUAAAGCACUAGAGGGGGAGUCUUCUCUUUCCCUGCUAUAAAAUCCAGGAUGUAAUUGUAGCGUACUGAGGCAGAACAGGAGUAAUCAGAUCAGUCCCGAGGCUGGGAACAUACAUGGAGAUUUAGCAUCGCCACUGGAUUAAACCCCCCACCACGUCCCCCCUUUACUGAUUGAGGUACGAUGAGUUCCUGCAAGUAGAGAGAGAGAGAGCGCGAGAAAAAGCCGUGAGAGGGAGUGGGAGGAAGAAAAAGGGAGUGAGUGAGCGCGCGCGAGAGAGAGGGAGUCAAAGCCAGGAAAGCAAAGCAACAACCGGUGGAACAGAAAUGCAGGGAGUUUGAGAGAGACGGAGGCUGGCGGGACGACGGGAACAAAGCAAGGUGAGGGAGAAAGAAGGGCAAGGAUCCAGAGGAAGAAAACACACCAAGAGGACCCUAGGAAGACUGAAGAAACUUUGCCAGAUAAGAAAAACAUCUGGUAAUGACAAGGCCGGGACAUUUAAAGACGGGACGUGUCCUCUCGAGAGUCCCAUUCUUAGGCCGAAGAAUGUUUUCCGAGACAAAAAGGACCGGAGAGCAGUGCAUUCAACCCAUUAACCCAACCCAAAAUGGACCUCAAGCUGACCUCCUUGCCUGUUUUGGGAAUGGGGAGCCUGUAUCGAACACCUGCGGACCAAAGUUGCUGAAUGGAUACACUCCCAAGCAAUGUCUUGCCUUCCAGGGGGGUCGACGGCAUGACGUAACUGGACAAAUUUGUCAUAGGAGUGUGCGGUGGGAUCGGCAACAUAACAGCGUCUCUGUGAACUACAGCUUGAGAGAAUGCAGCUUUGUAGGCCAAUCCGAGACGCACCCCUUCUUGAGGAAGUGUGCUUUGGACACGCCAACACAGUUCAGAGGUCAUGGAAACUGUGGAGAGCCUGUGUGUGCGGCGGACCAACAAUCAGGCUCUGUGCGGCAUGGACCAAACUGGAUGGACGCGAGUCACAAUCCCACCUUUAAAAGGGAUUCAGAAAUUUGCACUUCUAACGGACAGGGAGCUUUAAGUAGACGCCUCGGACGUGUAAUGCAAGACUUGAACGGACCGAGUCUUGGCCGUGAGGUUAUGGAGUCAACCAAAGAUGUCAACAAACCCAAUAUUAAGUGCCAAGUAAAAGUUGCCCGAGUGGACCUCAAUGAACCAGGACGAGGGGCUUUUAGCUCGGAAAGGGCAAUUCGGGACCAGAUCCAAAGAGUUGUUGUGAAUCUCGAGGAGGUUUUGCACGGCCUGAAAGAGAUACAUCUGGAAAUGAAGGAGGUGGUCCAGAAGAUAGACCUGCUGACGGCUGACAUUGAUAUUUGCAAAGAGGAACAAAGCGACACUUUCAGAGGAAAGUCGGAAAUGGAAGUGUCGUCUUCUCAAGGCGUCGAAACACCGACUCUAUCGGUGUCCCCACCACCGUAUCCGACCGGAGAUCAGGAACCAACUCAGGAGACGGUCAAUUCGCAACACGCAUCAGGGCGCAGGAGCAAGAAGCCUCCUCCGUACCCCUACGCCAGUACAAUAGGAAGAGUAAAUCCCAAAGCUAAAGACAAAGUGCAGAAGACGCCGCCCUACCCCUUUAAACGGACACUGCUCUCGACCAUUGUUUGAGCAGACCGUGGCUCCAGGAUACCGAAGCGGAGCAUCACUCGCCCGAUGUGGUAUAAAGGGUUACAGGAACGUUCUA